GCGCUUGCUCAUCAUUACUAAAGAAUGCUCCCAGAACAUGUUUUCAAUCUUACACACACUCUCACUUUCGCGAGCUCGCCCUAACUCAGAUCCGUGCCUCCUCUUCCUCCGCGUUCCAAAACACAGCGUUUCAUCUAACCAGGUUGCGCAAGUCUUUGGAUCUGUACCAGAUAGGAAGAAGAAAGUUGGGAUAUAUUGAAACGUGUAAUUCAGUGUUUUUUGAUUCUCCAUAGAUUCAGAGAAAAUUGGAAGAAUACUGUGCAAAGAUUCUGAUUUGUUAGCGGAGCACUAGAGCAACUAUAUGGAGCUACGGGGUUGUGGUUAUCUUCAUUUCAUUCUGGCUAUUAAAGGUGGUUUAGUUUCAAAAGCCCCUAAUGUUGCUCGUGGACAACCAAAACUUAAAUUUAAAAAUAUCACAGACAUAUAUGAUGAUGGCUUAUUGUCUCAUAAUGAUGAUGGAAUGGCUGAAAGGUCAUGCUAUGGUGAAAUUGAGGAAACCAAUGCUGAUGCUUCAGAAUAUAAUGUCAAUGAUGAUGAUGAUCAGAGAAUCUAUAACUUGGAUGAUAACGACUUUGACAAUAUCACCCUGAGCCAAAUUAAAGAAAGUUGCGAAGCAAGGAAGAGAAAACGCUCACAAGGUCUCGAGUCUUCUAGAAGAAACAUAAAAAUUGAAGAUUCAUUCCUGGAGGACAACGGUGAGGCGCAAAUGGAAGCUGAUGAUGAUUCUGAUUUCAUGGAGACUCUCGGUAGCUGGAAAUCUAAACUGUCAAAUAAUAUGAAGGCAAAGAAAAGGUGCUUCAAAAAAACAAUCUCUGCUUAUACCCAAGAGGUUAUGCCAGUUGUCAAAUUAGAAGAGAUCCUAGACAGUGUAGAUUUCACACCCACUAGUGAAGAGAUCCAAAACGGUCAAGAUUUCCCACCCACUAGCGAAGAGAUCGUAGACUGUCAAGAUUUCUCACCCUCCAGUGAAGAGAUAGAUAACAAUAAAGAGAUCCUAUCCUUCAAUGGAGAUUCGGCUGCCCUUGUGGAAGUGAAAUGUGAGGUUCCUGAAACUGACUAUUUUGGUGGGCCAGAUGACUAUUCUAUUGUAGAAGUACAAGAAGCAGAGAAAAUCUACAAAUGGAAUUUGAAGAGUGAAUUAAAAAAUGCGCAGCAAAGAUGUAUGGAUUUUCUUCCAUUACGAAUGGUGGGUCCAUUUAACAUGGAUGUUGGGAUAAGUAAUUCUCAACUAAGCGAUGGCCAGUUUCCAGACAUGCCUGCGAUAGAAUUCAAAAGUGAAGAGCGUAUCAUUCAUCCAGAUUACCAUUACAUCGCCCCACAACAAAUCUCUAUGGUUGAAGAUCAAAUCCCUGAUAUUCAUGACAGUCAACCGGAUGGUGACAGUGACUCUGCAGUCACCCUACGUAGUGUGGCUACUCAUAAAGAUCUUGAUUACCUGGGUGUAGAUUUUAAAGAUGAUAACAUUCUUCUCGGUGACUGCAGUAAUGAUGAAUUUACUCCCGGUGCUGAGGAUCAGGUAGUAGAGACCAGCCCUACUAUGGAACAUGACCUUAAUCUUGAUGGAUAUCUGGUUCGUUGCUCAGAUGAUCCACCUGAAUAUGAGGAAAUACAAUCAUUUGCUUCUGUAAACAAUGAAUGUAAUGGUAGUUCAAAGCUGCAUCAUUAUGAAAGGCUAUUAUCAACAAGACAGGAAAUUUCACCAUCUUCUCUGGAAAAGCACUGUAAAGCUGUGAAGACUAUUGAUUUGAAUCGUAAAAAAAAAUUGAAAAGCAAGGGACGACAAAUAUACUUCUCUGAGCAGACUGAUAAUCGUACAGCUGAAGGGUGUGAUGAUAUCACAGGCGCUCGAUUUACUGAUAUCCCUAACAAAAUUAGUGUUAUUCCUAGGACUAAAAGAGUUUCUCAUCCUAAAGGGAUUUCCAAGAUCCCUCAUUCUUCUCGCCAAGCCACCCGCCUAGGGUGCAGUUCUGUACAAAGCUGCUCAAAGAGUGCAAUUGCAUUUACACAGCAACAAAUGCAUGAUGCAGAAUGUCUUGCCAUGAAACUGACAAAGGAAUUGAAGUCAAUGAAGGACAUUGUGGAUGACAUGUUACGAUCUGAAUUCUGUCUGAAUACGUCUUUGAGGCAUAAAGUAAAUGAGGCAAGAGUGGCUGUCAAGAAUGCAACAAGAGCUGAAGAAGCUUCAAAACGAUGGCUGGCGUUCAUGUCAAGAGAUUGCAGCCGUUUCUGUAAAAUAAUGAAAUUAUCUGAUGAUGGUCCUGCUCCUCAAGAUGUAGUGCGUAAAGAGAGGAAAAAAAUAGCCUUUGCGGAUGAAGCAGGUGGAAGGCUUUGCCAGGUUAAGUUCUAUGAGGAUGAUGGGGUAUCUUUGUCAGAGUCUAAUUGAAAGAGAAUCUUUUUCUAAUAGCAUGCCAUUUCUGUAAAUUCUGAAUCUUCGAUGCCGUUUCACUUUAUUAGUUCGUUCCAGAAAUGCCUAAUAUUUUUAGUGUGGAAUAGGUGUUGGUUCCUACUUAUAUGUGUGAAGUUAAUUCCAUUGAUAUCGCCUGUAGCAAAGGGAGAGUUUAAUCAAAUUUUCAACCAGGGACUUGUGUUGUAUGUGCGGAAUUUGAGUAAACAUACUUUAGAUCAAACUUGUAAGUGUAAUUUUAGCUCAUUCAAAUUUAAAUUGGUUAGCAUUUUAAAUAAAAUUACGAAUUUCUUUUA